CAGCAAAAGACAGCAGCAAACACGAAGAUGGCUCAACGAAACGAUUUCAAGCGGCAGUCCGUUGGACUGUCUGGGAUCCAGCAGCAGGUGUUUCGCAAGGUGACCAAGAAGGGCUUCGACUUUAACCUCAUGGUCGCAGGCGAGGCUGGGCUGGGCAAGUCCACGCUGAUCGAGACCUUGUUUAUGCAGAAGGAUGAAGAGCCCCACAUCGUGCCCGCUGCAUCGGAGCGCAUCGAGCGGACCGUGAAGAUCUCGCCACGUACCAAGGUCAUCGGUGACAACGGCGUCAACCUCAACCUCACAGUCAUCGACACUCCAGGCUUUAGCGACGCAGUGGACAACACAAACUGGUGCAUUGAAGCAGUUGGACGUCUCUGCACUCAAGGCCCUGCACGACAAGGUGCGCUGGUUGCCUGUGCAUGUAUUCAUUGCGGAUGA